GAGCUUCGGGCGAACCGGAAUGUCCUAUUCGGGAAUAUACCGGUGGACUCGAGGUGGAUACCGCGGCAAUUUAGACGCCCGAGGCGACCACGAACGGGGUGCCAUGCCAGCAGCUAGGUGUAGCACUUGGUAGAUAUUUAUUGUCGGUGUUAGAAACCGACUUGUAGCAGAUAACAUGAAUCGGAGAAAGUGAACAUGGUCGAGUAUAACGUCACAAGCACCACUCUGGAGCCUAAGACCGGUUGGCCUGUCGUCGACCGUCUACUGGGAGGCUAUACUGAAUUGGAGACGUUGAAUGGGCAGGUUGUUGCCAGAUGCCUUGUAGCUAUCAUCCUGUGUAGAUUCAUCGCCGUGUGGAGCUACAAUCUGUGGUUUCAUCCUCUUGCCCGGUUCCCAGGGCCAUUCUUGGGUCGUUGCUCCCUCUUAUACCGUUUUAUCCAUAGCUCUCGGGGUAGGAUCCACUCUGCAGUAGCAGACGCCCACAAGAAAUAUGGCGAUAUUGUACGCAUUGCGCCAAACGAGCUCUCGUUCGCCAGCGUGGAGUCCUGGAAGGCCAUCUACGGUCACCCCACAAGGGGCAAUGAGAUUGCACCAAAGGGACCUUUUUACGAAGUUUUUGCUGCCGGCUUUAACAGCAAAUGCGUCGGCAGCGAGCGCAACCCGGAGAAGCAUGCUUUGAUGCGCAAGAUGUUGAACCCUGCCUUCUCCCAGCGUGGACUGCUCGAGCAGGAGGAGAUAAUCUCCGGAACAAUUGACAAGUUCGUUCACGUUUUGGGAGAGAAAGCGGGUCCCGGCACUAAGGGAUUAAACAUGACAAAGUGGUAUGAAAUGAACUCGUUCGACAUUCUGGGCGAGAUGGCCUUUGGGGAGAGUUUCCACAGUCUAGAUACAGGUAUCCCGCACUUCUGGGCAGAUGUUGUCCUCGAGCAUCUCUACAUAAUAACCUUGUUGGACAAUUUGCGGCGCAUUGGCUGGCUGGCCAAGCUUGCUGGUCUGCUUAUUCCUGCCUCGCUCGUCACCAAGAACCAGAACUCGAACUAUAGCAGGCAGCAGGUCGAGAAACGUCUCGGGAUACAAAAAUCCCGCAACGAUUUCGUUAGUCUGCUGGUCGACAAAGUUCGCGCGGGAGAAGUCUCUAAGGAGGAGAUGACGGCUCAUGUCUCAACCAUUACGAUUGCUGGUGGUGAGACCGUCGCGACUACGUUAUCCGGCCUGACGUGCUUUCUCGCUCAGAACCCUGACAAGCUUGAGCGGCUCACCAAAGAGAUUCGCGCCGCGUUCAAGACUUUUGAGGAGAUCAAUGCAGUAAAGUCCCAGCAAAUACCGUACCUGCAAGCCGUCAUCAACGAGGGUCUCAGACUUUUCCCCCCUGCCUCUGGUGGUGCGCCAAGAGUCUCGCCUGGUUUUACGCUACAUGACAAAUACAUUCCCAAGGGAACCGAGGUCAAUGUCAGCCCCUGGUCCAUCACCCAUAACGCCAAGUAUUUCUCAGAUCCCUGGGAAUUCAAGCCGGAGCGCUGGUUGGACCCCAACUCAAAGGACAUCAAGGAUGCCAGUCGUCCAUUCUUGCUUGGUCCCCGAGACUGCCUGGGACGGAACUUUGCCUUGAUGGAGCUGAACCUCGUGCUUGCGAAGCUGCUCUGGUCAUAUGACAUGGAGCUCGUCAACAAGGAGAUCAAUUUCUUAGAGCAGAGCACAGUGCAUGUUCUGUGGUGGAAACCGGGAUUGUUUGUCCGGUGGCAUAAGCCACAAUCUCCUGGCUUUUCUCCUUCUUAGCUUAAAGCCCUAUGACAGGAAAGUCUAUACGAGCUUGAUAGUGCGGGCGGAGCCAAUUGGAAAAUUAGGUGUUCUUUUUCUCCAAAUCGUACUGGCUCUUCCUCCCCCAAGUUCUACCAGAACUGACUGUAGGUAAUAGUAUCAAAGCGCGCUGGAUAGGCGCCAGGGCCGAACUAGAUAUGGUGCACUCAGAGAUCUACGAGAUCAGGUAAAAACAGAUUGUUGUAGACCUACAAGGUUAUUUGAAGUAAAUCCUCUAUAUGGAGUAUAGGCAACAGAAUAAAUCCA